CAUGAUGGUUAAAGAUGAUUUCUUGACCGCAUGUUCCCUCUCUUCUUCGCUUCUGCUCCUCCACACUGAAAUCCUUACUCGACGACUUUACUCCCAGCCGGCACUGUACGGAACCACAGUUUGAAGAAUACAAGACUUGCUACGACCCGCACACCAAACACUACUCUGAACUGAGUACCACUCCAGCCAUGGCGCCUAUUCAAACGCAGACAAUCACACCCCACCAAUUCAGCAACCCAGUCACAGUCAUACGGGCCUCGGGACGCAUAUCCAAACCACCAGCGCGCUCAACACGCACACAGACCAAAGCACUUCUAUCUCACUCGCCACAAAUACCCACCGCACAUCCAGACAUCGACAUUAGUCUGCUCCGCAAUAAGCUCCUCCUUCAGUGCCGACAAUACAUUCCCUCUGAGCUUCUUCAUGAAGCCCUGGCAGACGGCAUCUAUUCUCGCGCGACACACUGGAUUACGCCUUCUUCCAACGCAGCCUCCAAGUUCGGCAAGCGAAAACGCUACUAUGUUCUGCACAGCUCAAACUUCACCUUCCAGUCCAUGGGUAGCGCGUGGGAGGCGCGGAUCCUAUCUGGGGGUAGCCAGCCAAUCGAUGCAGGAAACGGUGUAGUCAUUUUCGUCAAGGAGAGGAGAGAAUGGGACGCGUUCAUGGCGGGGUACAGAAGGCAAGGAAAGCGAGCGGGGCAGCUGAUGAGGCUCAAGCAGAAGGAUACUGAGCGAGGAUGGAGGGACGCGUGGAAGAGGAAAUGCGGGAUGGAGGAAGGUGGCGGCAAGGAAGUCAACGCUGGGCCCAUGUGGGUGCUAGUGAAGAGCGCUGUUGCGAAGAUUGUCAGAGGUGAGGCGUGAGCUGCAUUCUGGCUGGCUCUUGGGGAAAAGUGGGUUUUGCAUCUUCUGGCGUUUGGCGCGUUUUUCUGGAUCAACUUUAGCGAGCAUUUACGACCUUUAUGACGGCUGGAGCGGUACGCUUCGAGGCUUUGACGCUGCUUGUAGCCACUGCCUAGAUAGAUAUCUACUCAGGAACUGACUGGUAUAUUCAAGCAAAAUUUGAAUCGAAAUACAUAGCUUCUCCCAGACGUGUUCUGUGUCUACUCACACCAGCUCGCCGACAGGCCGAGUGAAGCGUCGCCCCCGCAUCGAUUGAAUUAGCGAAGU